AUGAGUCUCAAAGUGGUGUCUCGCAGCUUUCAACAAGUUCGCGGAAUGAUUCGGCCGCCUAAAAACCUCCCAUAUCGCGGAAUUUUCAGAAAAGAUGGGGAGGUGGUGCGGAAAGACGAGUUGCUGGUGAAUCAGUUCAAAAUGAACUAUCACCCGGGCUUGAAUGUCUACUACGAGAACGACCGCGGCGAACGUCUUCUGAGAGCCCACUGCGACGGCGUCGUGCGAAUCACACGUGAAAAGUGCGACGUGGAUUUUGAAAUCGAAGAAAUGAAGGCGUACGAGUAUCGACGAGACGUGGAUUUGUACAAGAUGACCCCUAGAAUGGACAUUCCGGACGGUCCGAAUCUGGAGCGUGACGUUCAACGCAUUCUGGAGCUCAUGGAGCAUGUGCAGAAGACUGGAGAGGUCAACAAUCCGAAGCUGGCAUCGCUUCAACAGGUUCUUCAAUCCGAGUUCUUCGGAGCGGUUCGAGAGGUUUAUGAGACGGUUUACGACUCGAUUGAUGCGGAUACAGCGCCGGAGACAAAAGCAUCAGCUACAGCCAAAGCCACAGUGGCGGCGUUUGCCGCCGCUGAAGGCCACGCCCAUCCACGAAUCAUAGAGCUGCCGAAAACCGAUCAAGGACUCGGCUUCAAUGUGAUGGGUGGAAAGGAGCAGAACUCGCCAAUUUAUAUUUCUAGAAUAAUUCCCGGAGGCGUGGCUGAUCGACAAGGUGGUCUGAAGCGAGGUGAUCAACUGAUUGCUGUUAAUGGAGUGAACGUCGAAAGUGAGUGCCACGAAAAAGCGGUGGACCUCCUGAAGUCGGCAGUUGGCUCUGUGAAAUUGGUCGUUCGCUAUAUGCCAAAAUUGUUAGACGAAAUGGAGAGAAGAUUCGAAAGGCAACGUCUACGAUCCACUCAACAGAGUCCCACACUUCCAACGCCUUCAUCGUCAGCGCCACGGAGAUAG